AUGAGGUCUCAUAGUAGCGGCCCCAUUUGGGGUCGUCUACUUUUUGUCGUCGUAUUGACAAUAUCUUCAACAUCAUUUUCGUUGGCUGCUCCUUAUGGAUCUCACUCUCCACCGCCCUACUUGUAUACUUCUCCUCCUCCACCUUUGUCUUCGCCGCCACCACCUUAUUACUACCACUCACCUCCCCCUCCUUCGUCGUCACCUCCUCCACCUUAUCAAUACAAUUCUCCGCCACCACCAUCCGAUCCAUCUACGCCUCCUCCAUAUUACUAUAAAUCACCACCUCCACCGUCACCUUCUCCUCCACCACCGUACUAUUACAAAUCUCCACCACCGCCCUUGGAUUCAUCUACCCCACCACCACCUUUCCCAUCUCCACCACCGCCUUAUUAUUAUAAAUCACCACCUCCACCUUCACCUUCUCCACCACCACCAUACUAUUACAAAUCUCCUCCACCACCUUCUCCAUCUCCACCACCACCUUAUUACUAUAAAUCACCUCCUCCACCGUCACCUUCACCUCCACCACCAUAUUAUUACAAGUCUCCUCCUCCUCCUGAUCCGUCUCCACCACCACCAUACUAUUACAAGUCUCCACCACCACCUUCUCCAUCUCCACCCCCACCAUACUAUUACAAGUCUCCACCACCACCUUCUCCAUCUCCACCACCACCAUAUUACUACAAAUCCCCACCACCACCUUCUCCAUCUCCACCACCACCUUAUUACUAUAAAUCACCUCCUCCACCAUCACCUUCUCCUCCACCACCAUAUUAUUACAAGUCUCCUCCUCCUCCCGAUCCUUCUCCACCUCCUCCAUAUUACUAUAAAUCACCGCCUCCACCGUCACCGUCUCCACCACCACCGUACUAUUACAAAUCUCCACCGCCACCUUUUCCAUCUCCACCACCACCGUACUAUUACAAAUCUCCACCACCACCUUCACCAUCUCCACCACCGCCUUAUUACUAUAAAUCACCUCCUCCACCAUCACCUUCACCUCCACCACCAUAUUAUUACAAAUCUCCUCCUCCUCCAUCCGCUGAUCCUUCUUCACCACCUUCACCGGUAUAUGUCUACAAGUCACCACCUCCACCUUCACCGGCAUAUGUCUACAAGUCACCACCUCCACCUUCACCGGUUUAUGUCUACAAGUCUCCUCCACCACCAUAUCACCCUCCCCACCACCACCAUCAACAUCUUAUUGUGAAGGUUAUAGGAAAGGUCUAUUGUUACAAAUGCUAUGAUUGGACAUACCCCAAGAAGUCCCAUAACAAAAAGCAUCUUAAAGGGGCUAUUGUAGAGGUAACAUGUAAAGAUGAGAAAAAGGAAAUAGUAAGUUAUGGCACAACCAAAGUAAAUGGGAAGUUUGCCGUUACUAUUGAAGGAUUUGAUUACAAAAAAUACGGAGCUAGCGCAUGCAAAGCUAAGCUUCACGCACCACCGAAAGGAUCAUCAUGCAAUGUUGCAAUAAACGGAUUGAAAGAUGCCAUUCUUAAAGUAAAAUCAAAGUCAAAAUACGAAGUUGUGCUAUAUGCCAAACCUUUUUCUUAUGCCACUAAAACCCCAUCUAAAGAAUGUACUAAGCCAUUGACUCCAUCUCCUUAUUACUACAAGUCACCACCUCCACCACCUCAACCUUACUAUUACAAAUCGCCUCCACCUCCUUCUCCUUCCCCAUCUCCUCCUCAUCCUUACUACUAUAAAUCGCCACCCCCUCCGUCUCCAUCUCCUCCACCGCCAUAUUACUACAAAUCUCCACCACCACCAGAUCCAUCUUCACCACCACCAUAUUACUAUAAAUCUCCACCACCACCGUCUCCAUCACCCCCACCUCCUUAUUAUUAUAAAUCUCCACCACCACCGUCUCCAUCACCCCCACCUCCGUACUACUAUAAAUCUCCACCACCACCGGAUCCAUCGCCACCACCACCAUACUACUAUAAAUCUCCACCACCUCCGUCACCAUCUCCACCUCCACCAUACUACUAUAAAUCUCCACCACCGCCUUCACCAUCGCCACCACCACCAUACUAUUAUAAAUCUCCACCACCUCCAUCACCAUCUCCUCCUCCACCUUAUUAUUACAAAUCUCCACCACCACCAUCACCAUCUCCUCCUCCACCUUAUUAUUACAAAUCUCCACCACCACCAUCUCCAUCUCCACCACCUCCAUACUAUUACAAAUCUCCACCACCACCAGAUCCAUCACCACCACCACCAUACUACUAUAAAUCUCCACCACCGCCUUCACCAUCGCCGCCUCCACCCUACUACUAUAAAUCUCCUCCACCUCCUUCACCAUCGCCACCUCCACCCUACUAUUAUAAAUCUCCACCACCACCAUCCCCCUCUCCACCACCUCCAUACUACUAUAAAUCUCCACCACCACCAGACCCAUCACCGCCACCUCCAUACCACUAUAAAUCUCCACCACCUCCUUCACCGUCUCCUCCUCCACCAUACUAUUAUAAAUCUCCACCACCUCCCUCGCCGUCUCCUCCUCCACCAUACUAUUAUAAAUCUCCACCACCACCCGAUCCAUCACCGCCACCUCCAUACUACUAUAAAUCACCACCACCUCCCUCACCGUCUCCUCCUCCACCAUACUAUUAUAAAUCUCCCCCACCACCAUCCCCAUCCCCAUCUCCACCACCUCCUUACUACUAUAAAUCUCCACCACCACCAGAUCCAUCUCCACCACCUUAUUAUUACAAGUCUCCACCCCCACCAUCCCCAUCUCCACCACCUCCAUAUUAUUAUAAAUCCCCACCGCCACCAUCAGCAUCUCCUCCUCCAUCAGCAUUUCUUUACUAA